AUGGCCAUCGGGGCUCUCUUCAACGCAGCCUUCCCCUCGCCCCCCUUCGACGAAGGCGCUAUUGCCUUCGUGCCGCCCCAAGCCGACUACGCGUGGCGAGUGGUGCUGGCAGCGGGGGCGGUGCCAGCAAAGCUCACCUUCUAUUUUCGAAUGACCAUGCUGGAGACACCGAGGUUUACCACGCUCGUGCAGAGGAAUGCCAAGCAGGCUGCACGGGACAUGGGGCAGAUGUUUCACUCGGCCUUCGAGGAAGCAGAAGUGGAAAUCGAGCUAGCAACAGCCCCUGUGCGAACAUACAGCCUGCUGUCGCGAGAGUUCCUGCACCACCACGGCGUGCACCUGCUGGCCACGGCAGCCUGCUGGUUCCUGGUUGACACGGCCUACUACUCGCAAAACCUCUUGAAUCGGGACCUCUUCACCGCCAUUGGAUGGGUCGCGCCGCCCUACAGCAUGAACGCUCUCACUGAGAUGUACGAGCUCUCGAAAGAUACGGCGACGAGAAAAGAGGGGGGGGCGGUGCACGUGCCCCCGGUGCGCCGCGACAGGCGACGGAGCAUGGCCGGGGCGGGGCCGGGGCAGGGUCGAGGCAGGGCCGAAAGGGGCGGCGACGGGGCCGCAAGGGGCGGCGACGGGGCCGGUGGAGGCGGCGUCGGGGUCGGGAAGGGGCCGCGAGGGGCCUGGAAGGGCGGCGACAGUCCGCUAGGGCCGGCGACGGGGCUGCGAAGGGGCGGCGACGAGGCCGCUGGAGGCGGCGACGGGGCCGAUAGGGGCGGCGACGGGGCCUCGAAGGGGCCGCGAGGGGCCUGGAAGGGCGGCGACGGGCCGCUAGGGGCGGCGACGGGGCCGCGAAGGGGCGGCGACGAGGCCGCGAAGGGGCCGCCAGGGGCCUGGAAGGGUGGCGACGGGCCGCUAGGGACGGCGACGGGGCCGCGAAGGGGCGGCGACGAGGCCGCGAAGGGGCCGCGAGGGGCCUGGAAGGGCGGCGACGGGCCGCUAGGGGCGGCGACGGGGCCGUGA